GUCCUGAAGGUAAUAGUGAUAACGCUGGUAAACUGCUUCUGAAGUUGACAUGUAUUCGUUUUGAGUAAUAUGAAGUAUUCUAAUCUAAUCAAAUUUGUUAAACGCCAUUAACUAUAUCCUGCAAAAAUGACUAUGGCAAUGUUUCAAGCUCAGUUAAAUACUAUGGUUAUGUGGUUUGAUCAGUGGAAUGAAAGUGGACAAACAGUAGCUCUUUUUAAAAUGCUCACACGUUUAGCUCCAACACAAGCAAGAUUUGUUUCUAUUGCACUUGAACAUAGUCUUACCGAAUGUGCUGAGUUAGCACUAAGAGAACAAGAAGCAAACAAUCCAGGAUUUCUUAGCUCCUUACUUGUUGAAAAAAAGGAGACUGCUAUGGUUCAGACUCUUCUUCAUAUUCCUCUUCUUAGACCAGGCAAUACAGAAGCUCGUUGUGUAUACCUUGCUUUGGUGCCAAGUUUAUUAUCUUAUUCCCUUGAAAGUGGUGUCUUAGUUGAAGAAGCUCGGCAACUACUUUCAUAUGUUUUGAUACAUCCUGCUCUUCGUGACGAUCGAAGAAUCUUUGAACCUUGGAGAAGAACACUCGGAGAAAAGAUAAUGACCGGCUCUAAAGGAUCUUGUAUGACACUGAGCAAUGAAUCACUUCAAAAAACCAGACGUAGCAAUAGUCUAACCCCACCUUUUGCUGUAACUCCAAAUGUUGAAUGGUCAUCACAGGACGAUCUUUCAAUGGGUGGAGGUAAGGCUAGGCGUUUCUCAUUGUCUUCUGAACAAAUAGUCGGUCCUCCUCUUUCACCUCAGUCAUCUCAGGCUUCAUCUGGCAGUGGAUCUGAAACACACCUAGAUCUUGCCGGCUAUGACAGUCCUGAAAUGAGAGAUGUAAAAAAUUGGUUAAAAUCACUUCGAUUGCAUAAGUAUUGGAGACUCUUUUGUCACUUGAGCUAUGAACAGAUUCUUUCUAUCACUGAUGAGAACUUUGAUACAUACCUAGAGGCUGGUUUACCUGUGACCCAAGGUGCAAGAAGAAAAAUCAUCUUAAGUAUUGUUAAACUAAGAGAACGUGCUAAUCUUCUUGCAGCUUUAGAAAGGGAUGUUAUGAAUGGAGGGCACUUACUUACAGUAAUGGAUGAGUUACGCCAGGUUUUAUCGACUCCUAUUAAAUCUUAUGUUGAGGAAGAAAGACCUUCCUUUGAUGACAUUCCUUCUGCUUUUACAAGAGUCUUAGGAAAAGUUUGUACACAACUAAUGGUUGGCAACUGCAUUGAAGAGGAGGCUCCAUCAGUUUUUCUAAAUUUACUUGAAACCAUAUUACAUCAUGAAGCUUUCUCCCAACAACAGAAAAAGAAGAUUUCUACUUGGAGGUUACAAAUAAACCAACAUUUAACACAGCCACCAGAAACCAAUCGACUUCCUCCUAAAGUUUUUACUCCUCCUUUAUCAGUUUCCCCUAGAUCUCAUUUAUAUUAUUCACAAGCAAUAAGACAAAGGAGUCCUGUUGAACCAUUACAGCAUCAUAAUGUUAAUAUUCAGCAGAGAUGUAUAAGUAACACAAUUAUCGCUGGCUCAGAGAAUGAAAUUGAUUCUCGACUAGAGAGUCUUUGCUUGAGUAUGACUGAACAUGCUCUUGGUGGUUCAUCUGAGAUCUAAUCAGGUCCAGUUUUCUGUUGUACAAAACCAGUGAAUGGUAAAUCUUAAUCUUGGACAAAUUUAAAGUUGUAUAGAUGUUUUUAUCAAUAAUUUGUAGUGUAAUUAGUUACUUGAAAUGAGACUGUCUUUAAUUAGUUGCUUAAUCAAAGAAGUUCCAAAUAUUUUUUUACGCUACUUAUUUCUUUGAUUAAUUAUUCUUCUCCAGAAAUAUUAACUUUUUUUACAUGAUCCUAUUAGUCUUAAUUUAAGUUUAUAUUUAUUAAACUUAAUAUUAUCUUAUUGUUACCUUGAUAUAUGCUGUAAAAUGUUGAUUUAAGAAUGUUAAUUGUUUUUAUUAUUUUGUUUGUCAUAGUUAUUUUUUUAUAUUCUAUGUAAAUAGUUCAUUAUCCAUUGUAUACUAAGUGUGGAGACUGAAGAAUUUUUGAUGUUAUGAUGAUCAUUUACUGAUGUAGGUGACCUAAGUGUUUAUUAUUUUAUAAAUUUUAUUUGUUUAUAUUUAUUAAUAUAAGCUUAAACGUAUGUGUAAGCAGUAAGAAAUUUUCAUAUUUUUUAAUUUUGAAUUUAUAUAUACCUUAAAAAGAUAAAAUCGGUAUAAUGAUUUGAAAAUAAUGUUUAUCUACAGUUUCUGAACAACUUAAACUCUUUAAGAUAAGGCCACGCAUAUGGCAAAUAUUGUAAUCACUACAUUUGCCAACUGUUUGUCAUAUAUGUGGUUGUUCUACUAUUCUAACUGAAUAAUGUUAUUCACAUAAAAUACAAUUGAAUACUGUUUUAUUGAUCAUACAUUUUUUAUUAAUUUUUUUUUUAUUAAUUUAAAAUGAAUAAAAUUCUCCAUUAUGAAUGAUUUAUAUUUUUAUGUUAUGUAUUUCCUAUCAUUGAAAAAAAGUAAUGAAAACUUGAUUUGAAUUAUACUUGCCACGUAUUCAAUUAUGUGUAGAGAAUAUACAUUAAAAUAAUUACUAGCUAAUAUUAUUAUUAUUAUAUUUGUUUAACAAUUGUUCUUUUUUAUUUCUAAUUUGACUUAGGCUUGUUGCUAUUAUAUCUUGAUUGUUGAACAGAGACUGUAGAAGAACAAUAGUCAAUACGAAUCUAGUCAAGUUGUUCACAGAAAACAUUAUAUAAUUAUUUAAUAUAAAAAAUACACACAAAUGCUGAAUGAAUUUGUCUCUAAAGAUUUGUGAAUUAAAAAAAUAUAUAUUUUAGUUGAUAAACUAAUGAUUUGUAAGUGAUAUAUACUUAAUAGAUGGUCAGUUAGUAAUAUUUUAUAUGUUUUAAAUAUUUAUAUAAUUAUUUAUAAUUUAAAUUUUAUGUUAUGAAUUAUAUUGUUAUGUUACUGUUACAGCUAUUCGUAUCAUUUUUUUUUUUAGUAUGUGUUAAAGUUCAUUUGAUUAAAGCUUACUCCUCAAAUCGUACGCCACUCUAGAUAAAGUCUUUAAUCAGGAAAGACCUAGCCCCUGGUAUAGGUAAAAUAGAGCAAUAAUUCAUUUGGUUUUGAGAACUAAAGGUUUUGAAACUACAUUUUAUAGUUUAAUAGUUUUGAAACUGACUAUCAGGCAAAUAAAGUUUUGUCAGGUGUAAAGUUGUCUCUAAUAGUUUUUCUGAUGUUAGGACAGGCAAUAAUCCUUUGAAAAUUUGAAUUUCUUUGAAAAAAAAAGAACAACACUUAAAAACAAUGAUAAUAGUAGUUAACUCAUAACUCGAUUAGAAAUGCAUACAUAGUGAGCAAUAACCAUUAAAAACAUUUUUUCAGUUUAAUAAAUUUACCAUAUAUUUUUAUUCUUCAUAUGUUUAUCACUUCUUACCAAACAACUGAUUUUAUGACUUAUCUAAAAUAAUUACACUAUAUUUUUCACUAGUUCUGCCUUAUCAUAGGUAUGAAAUAUUUAACAACAAUAAUCCACAUGAAGUUUACCUCUGUUGAUCAUGGAUUGAAGCCAGUUUAAAUAAAAGCUGAAAAGACACAAUCUUCCCUGGUGUUCUUCUUUUUGAAAAAUCGUUAUCAAUCAAGAAACCUCUUAAUUCUAAAGAUAUAUCUCAGAAGUGUUUAUGAAAAAUUUUAAUCGACAUUGGUUUUAAGAUUCUUCCUAGCUAUCUAUGUUAAGUUUUAUUACAGUUUCUUUUUUAUUUCCUUUAACAUUUUGCUUCCUUUAUAACAGUAUCUCCUAAUUACAGCCCUUUUAUUCUAAUUACAGUCGAAGUUCUAGUUAUAUCUUUAAGUCAGAAAAAAAUAUUAAAUGAACUUUAAUAGCCUGAUAAAAAUAGUAUAAUUUCCCUCACUUUUAUAUUCAAUAAUCCAGGUUUCAUAUUCUAAGUAUUGCUCAAUAUAUCUUUCAUUAAUACAAUUAUGACAAGCCAUUGCUACACAGAAAUAUUAUUUAACUUGGAGUUUUAAAUUAGUCAUUAUUAAAGUUUGUUUUUGAUCACUUAUCAUCAGUUUUUGCUGACCAAAUGCAUAAUGAGGUACUAAUUUCUGCUCUCUGACUUCUGUAAUAAUGUCUUUACACACAGAAAAUCGUUAAGAUAUCAUUGUCCGCAUAAUUGUUUUUAAACAAAUUUAAAAAAUAAAUUUUGCUAUUUAUACCUCAACUUUAUUAUAACUUACUAUCUGUAGAUUUUAAAUUGUUUUAGUACUGAUAAUUUUAAAUCUCAUGAUAGCUAUUUUUCUUUUAUAGGAGAAAUUGUUUUAUUUCUCGGUGCAAUAUAAAAUCUGUUUGCAAUAUUCUGCUGAUUUAAGCAAUUAUCACCCUAAUAUAUAAUUAUGUAGAGAUGGUUGACCGUGAUAUAAUAUGGGAAGGAGUUGAUCGGGGGGGAGGGGGUGC